AUGACUCAGCCGAACACAAAGGCCUUCCGGGCGAAUCAACCAGCAACGCCAACGAACGGUCUGCCGCCCAAGGGUUUGGAAAAACAACGGAAGAAGUCACGCGGCGGAUUGCCUCCAGGGAAAGAAGAUCACAAUCCUUACUCCGACGACGGACUCGAGCAGCGGAACUCCCGGAAAAAGAGGACGCAAAUAUAUCACGAUCAGAUCCUUGACAGGUGGUCGAAUGGGGGUGAAGAGCAGCCGACUGUCGAGAAUGAACGCAACUGGCCCCAGUCGCUUUUCGAGACGACCGGCAGUAAUAACAAGACCAACUUCUUCCAUAACCUCUUGGUCACACUGACUGGCGAGAUUCCCCACGAUGCAAAAGGCGAACUUGCGAGUCUCGUACUCGAGAGACCCGAUCUGCUUGCUUCGGAAAACGAAUGGAACGUCUUGCCAAUCAUCAAGGCGGCAAAGACGCUGCCCGACCUGGUUUUCCUCAUCUUUAAUAUCGUCGUCCCAGAAACCACGCGUAAGAUUCUCGAGGCGCACGGCGCCAAUCCAAGCCCCUGUGAGGUUUGCCCAUUAUGGGACGUCUCUCUAGCGCUGAUGAAUUUCCGCCCUCUGAGAGAGGCAGCUCCCAACAAGGAUGAUGAGGUCUCUGAAGUCACGGCCGUCGCCGUACACAACAUCACUACCCCGGAAGCCCAGGACGACGUACAGGCCUCGGGCAGACCACGGGCGUGCCUUCACACUAAAAUCAAUGUUGAAACGUUGCUAGACCGGGACAAGGAGCUGCGGCGCUCCUUAAAAGGAGUGCUUGACAUUCCCAAACUGGCAUGUGAGGUCUUGGAAUCGCUCCUUGAUGAGAAUAGGUUCGACACUGAACAGGAGAAUGCGCAGGCGAUCAAGCUCCAGAGCUUCCGGAAUAUUUUGGAACUUUCUCCUAACGACGCCUUUACCACAGCUACUAAUUCAGAUGGCUACAACUUGUUGCAGUUGGCAGUGGGUCUAUUCGACAAAACUUCGAUCGACUAUGACCUGCAAUACAAUGUCAUCGAGGCGCUGGUGCAGCGUUCUCCGGCAUCCAUAUUCUUUGAGUACGGGACCCAUGAUGGGGAGAAGAAGAAUGUCUACUGUCGCUUAGGAGAGCUGAGGAAAUCAGCAGACCGACAGCGGGUCGACGACGUACGGAAUCUCAUCAAGGUCGAAUGCAUCCGCUACAGUGGGGAGGGUUUGGAUCCCAUCAGCCCAGAUAAGCUUAAGGCUAUGAAGAGGAGCUUGCUUUAUGGCCAUGGUGAAACCGAGAAAAAGCUCUUUCUUGACCUGACGGGAGAGUCCGCAAUCAUUGAUGAGGUCUACGUCAAGAUGGUAACGAGCAAAUCUGGCAUGCAACUGGAGACAGUCCUGGAGUUUGUGCGUCUCCCCAACUGGAAGCCCAACGGAGCCGAACUCUACCGGUCCAAGAGGGAACAGCGUCCGGAACCAGACACGUUAGGCGCGUUCCCCGACCCGUACGUCGGAAUUUUUGACUGGUUGUGGGAUGAGUGCAAGGUGCGCAAGAUCAUGACACUCGAGAUCGACGACAGCGGCCCAGAGCCGCACACCGACGCGGCCAUCCGAGCGGCCCUCCAAGGUCCCCAACUGGAGCGGGAUUUCGGAGUUGAGGUUUGGAAGUGGCAGAAGUUUGACAUGCAUGUUGGAACCAUUGUUGCGGCAGUCCCACGAGCCCGCGAGGUCCACCUCUUUUCUUAUGGAAAUAUAGCCGUACUUCAAGGCUGGAGCUGCCGGUCUGGCUUGGCCAAGCUGACCGAGUUGGAGAAGCUCGUCGUUAAUAUCUACUCAAAGAACCCAAGGGACAAGGAUGAUUGUGUCAAGUAUGAAACGACUUUCAAGACAAGGCUAACCAAGCAUUGCCUCCGCCUCAAGGAAAGCGACAUCCAGGUAAUGUAUCACGGCCAAGGCGGUGCGGAUGGGUCUGAAACAUUCCUCACCGUUGCGGCGACAGCCGGCCCAGGACCCACCUUAUCCGCUAGGCCGAAGCGGGAAGAAUGGAUCGAGGAGCUCAAGGCUUACAAGCAGUUCAUCACGAACUUGGGCAAUGCGGCUUCGAUAGAGGGCGGCAAGCCAGCGCCCAAGGCCAAGGUUGCCAUCUUGGAUGACGGCGCCAGGCUGGCGGACCUCAACGGGGUGCAGAGCGGAUGGUCGUUCCGCGCCGACGGCCAAGAGUACUUCGUCGGACCCUCCCCGCACGGCACCGAGAUGGCUGUCUGCGUGCGCGAUAUAUGCUCUGUGGCUGAGCUGUACAUCGCCCGCCUCGACGACUCGCAUGUAUCGGAGAAGAGCCACGCGUUCACGAUUUCGUCCUGCGUCAAGGCGCUCAGAUGGGCACUGGACCUGGGUGCCGAUGUCAUCUCCAUGAGCUGGACCUAUGAGAUGCGCCACGACAACAAGGACCCGGACAAGACCGAGUUUGAGAAGCUCGUCAAGGAGGCGGUGGAUAGCCACAAGGCGGUUCUGUUCGGCUCCCUUCCCGACCUGGGCCCCAACAAGGAUGCCUCCAGCCGCUCACCAGUGGGGCUAAACAACGUCAUCAAGAUCAGCUCGGCGACGAGGGCCGGCCAUGUCGUCGACGACAACAUCCACCAGUUCUCCGAGUUCUUACUCCCUGGCCACGACAUCGAGAGUUCGCGCCGCGAGCUAGUGCGGGGCAGCUCCUUCGCUACAGCUUACGCCGCCGGGCUGGCGGCACUGGUCUUGUACUCGUUCAGGGUCUUAGAUGCCUUCACUUACGACGACGUUGACGAUCUCGCCCGAAAGGCGCUCCGGGUGGCGAAAAGCCCAGAAGGGAUGAAAGGCAUUUUUGAACGUCUAGCGCCCGAGCCGGGGAGGGAGGCCGGUGGUAUCAACAGUAACAUUGGCCGCUUUGUCCGGCCCUCUAGUGUUCUGUACGGCCCGGACACCUUGAACAUGAGUGAGGAGGGCAAAGUAGCCCGUCUCAGGAAUAUCGUAAACAACCUUGUACCGGACAGCUUGAUAAAACGUGUCUUCCCGGGAGGCGUCCCGGAAGACUAA